AUGCGAAAAUCCUCGCUUAAUACACAGUCGAAAGUGGUUCCUCUUCCCUUCGAUAAGAUGCCUCCUCCCGUUGACCUAGCCUCUCAACCCCGUCCCGGUACCGCGGAUGGUGGUACACCUCGGGGGGAUAAUCAGGACUGGUUACCCACAGAUGGAGGGGUACGAGGGGGUAACCAGGAGAAGUUACCCGAGAAAAAAGUCACUCCCAGCCUUAGUGUCGCAGAUCGAGUUGCUUCUUUCAAGCAAAUGGCUGGACAAGACAGGAGCUCCUCCCCCAAACCGCUAGGUUCGGCACGGUUCGGAACCGGCGCUGUAGGAUCGACGAGCCCGUUCAGGGCUAGUUCGGCUGAAGCUGGUUCGGGCGACGUUGGUCUGGAAGUGCAGCUCGGGCAGCUGAGAAUAAAAAACGCGGACCUGAAGCUGAACGUGGAAAAUUUACAGGCGGAGCUGAAGGCUGCCAAGGAGCAGAUCGGGCAGAUGACAAAAGAAAUUGAGGCGUGGAAAAAGGAGGGAGUCUCGAAAGACAGCGCUGCUGAGAUGAAAGCGGAGAUUGAAAAGCUUAAGAAGGAAUUGGCAGAGAGCAAAGGCGGAGGGAAGGGCGUGGGGGCAGUGGGAGAGAGAGAUAAGGAAAUGAAGGAGAUGGAGGAGAAAAUUAUGGUUAUGGAAGUUGAGGUUGGGAAGUAUAAAUUCGUGCAUGACAGCUUGAAAGAGAGGGUAGAGAGGUUGACCAAGGAUAACAAGAAACGAAUUGCGUCUGAGAAAGAGGCGUUAGAUGCGAUUGGGAAGGUGAGGGAGGAGAAGGAGGAGGUGGAGAGGAGACUGAGUGAGGUGGAAGCGGAAAGGGAUGAGGCGAGAAAGAGGUGUGAGGAGGCGCAGCAGCGGAUGGCAGAGGCUGUGAGAGAGAGGGGGGAGGUGGAGGUGAGGAGGGAUGAGGACGUGGCUGCCGUGAGGAAGGCUAUGGAUGAGGAGAGGCGGAAGGUGGAGGAGGGGAGGAGAAAGGCGGAGGAGGAGAGAGAUGGAGUGUUGAAGGCGAAGAGUGAGGUGGAAAGGCAGAAGGAAGUGUUGAUGGGGAGGUUGGCGGAGGAGGAGAAGAGGCGAGAGGAGGCGGAGAGGAGGCGAGAGGAGGCGGAGAAGGGGAGGCGAGAUGCGGAGGAGAAAACGGCUCGAGCUGAAGGGGAGAAGGAACAGGCGUGGAAGGAGAGGGAGGAGGCGGAGGCUGCUCGGAGGGUGGCGGAGGAGGAGAAGGACGAGGCUGUGAAGGCGAAGGAGGAGGCGGAGAGGGAACGAGAAGAGGCGACGAGGGCACGUGAGGCUGCGGAAACGAAGCAAGAGGAGGCGGAGAAGAGAAGAGACGAGGCAGAGAGAUUAAGGGAGGAAGCAGAGGCACGGUGGGAGGAGGCUGAGAGCGCGAGAGGGAAGGCGGAAGAGGAGAAAGAGCAAGCGAAGAAGGAGAGGGAAGAGGCGGAGGCAGCACGGGGAGUGGCGGAGAGGGGGAGGGAUGAGGCAGUCAAGUGUAAGGACGGGGCGGAGAGGGAGAGGGAUGAGGCAGUAAAGGGUAAGGAGGAGGCGGAGAUGGAGAGGGAUGAGGCAGUAAAGGGUAAGGAGGAGGCGGAGAGGGAGAGGGAUGAGGCAGUAAAGGGUAAGGAGGAGGCGGAGAGGGAGAGGGAUGAGGCAGUAAAGGGUAAGGAGGAGGCGGAGAGGGAGAGGGAUGAGGCAGUAAAGGGUAAGGAGGAGGCGGAGAGGGAGAGGGAUGAGGCAGUAACGUGUAAGGAGGGGGCGGAGAGGGAGAGGGAUGAGGCAGUAAAGGGUAAGGAGGAGGCGGAGAGGGAGAGGGAUGAGGCAGUAAAGGGUAAGGAGGAGGCGGAGAGGGAGAGGGAUGAGGCAGUAAAGGGUAAGGAGGAGGCGGAGAGGGAGAGGGAUGAGGCAGUAAAGGGUAAGGAGGAGGCGGAGAGGGAGAGGGAUGAGGCAGUAAAGGGUAAGGAGGAGGCGGAGAGGGAGAGGGAUGAGGCCGUAAAGUUUAAGGAGGGGGCGGAGAGGGAGAGGGAUGAGGCAGUAAAGGGUAAGGAGGAGGCGGAGAGGGAGAGGGAUGAGGCAGUAAAGGGUAAGGAGGAGGCGGAGAGGGAGAGGGAUGAGGCAGUAAAGUUCAAGGAGGGGGCGGAGAGGGAGAGGGAUGAGGCAGUAAAGGUGAAGGGUAAGGAGGAGGCGGAGAGGGAGAGGGAUGAGGCAGUAAAGGGUAAGGAUGAGGCGGAGAGGGAGAGGGAUGAGGCAGUAAAGGGUAAGGUGGAGGCGGAGAGGGAGAGGGAGGAGGCAGUAAAGGGUAAGGAGGAGGCGGAGAGGGAGAGGGAGGAGGCAGUAAAGGGUAAGGAGGAGGCGGAGAGGGAGAGGGAUGAGGCAGUAAAGGGUAAGGAGGAGGCGGAGAGGGAGAGGGAUGAGGCAGUAAAGGGUAAGGAGGAGGCGGAGAGGGAGAGGGAUGAGGCAGUAAAGGGUAAGGAGGAGGCGGAGAGGGAGAGGGAUGAGGGAGUAAAGGGUAAGGUGGAGGCGGAGAGGGAGAGGGAGGAGGCAGUAAAGGGUAAGGAGGAGGCGGAGAGGGAGAGGGAUGAGGCAGUAAAGGGUAAGGAGGAGGCGGAGAGGGAGAGGGAUGAGGCAGUAAAGGGUAAGGAGGAGGCGGAGAGGGAGAGGGAUGAGGCAGUAAAGGGUAAGGAGGAGGCGGAGAGGGAGAGGGAUAAGGCAGUAAAGGGUAAGGAGGAGGCGGAGAGGGAGAGGGAUGAGGCAGUAAAGGGUAAGGAGGAGGCGGAGAGGGAGAGGGAUGAGGCAGUAAAGGGUAAGGAGGAGGCGGUCGCAAAACGAGCAGAGGCCGAAAGCUCUUGUGAAGCAGCGGAGAAAGGGCAAGCGGAGGCAGAAAAGAGGAGGGAGGAAGCAGAGGGUAGAAGGGAAGUUGCGGAAAGGGAGAAGGAGCAAGCGGAGCUGGCACGGGCAGAAGCAGAGGCACGGAGAGACGAGGCUGAGAGGCUUCGUGCUGAGGCUGAAGGGAGGAGAGAGGAGGCUGAUAGGGCGAAAGAGGAGGCUGAGAAGGGGAAAGAGGAAGCUGAUAAUGCGAGAGAAGAGGCGGAGAGGGAGAGGGAGAAGGCAGAGAACAGAAGAGAGGAAGCUGAGAAGGCAAGGGAGGAAGAAGAGAAGUCGAGAAAGGGAGCAGAAAGGGUGCGAGAUGAGGCAGAGAAAGCAAAGGACGAGGCGGAGAACGCAAGGGAGGAGGCGGAUGAGGCAAGGGAGGAGGCAGAGAAAGCAAGGGAGGAGGCAGAGAAAGCCAAGAGCGAGGCAGAGAGAAGACAGGAAGGUGCUGAGAUGAAGCAAAUGGAAGAGGAAGAGAGGAGGAAGGAGGCAGAGGAGAGGAGGAGAGAGGCGGAAGGGAGAAGGGAGGAGGCGGAGCGAGAGAGGGAGGAGGCUGUGAAGGCGAGAGAGGAGGCAGAGGCGAGGAGGGAAGUUGCUGAGAACGCAAAGGAGAAGGCGGAGGAGAGGCAACGCGAGGCAGAGAAAGCAAGGGCUGCUGCUGAGGAGGCGCGGGAAGAGAGCGAGAAGGCAAGGGAGGAGGGUGAGGCGAGGAGAAAAGAGGCUGAAGAGGCAAGGGAUGAGGCGGAGAAAGGAAGGGAGGAGGCAGUACAGAGGGCAGCGGCGGCGGAGGAGAGGAGUGAGGAGGAGAGAAAGGCGAGGGAAGAAGCUGAGAGGGCGAGAGAGGAAGCUGAGGGGGCGAGGGAAGAGGCGGAAAAGAGUGCAGAGGUAGCGAUGAAAGCGAGAGAGGAUGCAGAGGCACGAUGUGAGGAGGCAGAGAAUGGUCGAUUGGAAGCAGAGAGAAAGCAAGCAGAGGCUGAGGCGACGAGGGAAGAAGCAGUGGCAGUGAGGCAGCAAGCAGAGACAGCGAGAGAGGAGGCUGAGAGGAAGCAAGCCGAGGCUGAGGCGGCGAGGGAAGAAGCAGUAGAAGCAAGGCAGAAAGCAGAGACAGCGAGAGAGGAGGCUGAGAGGAAGCAAGCCGAGGCUGAGAGAAUGCAGGUGGAUGCAGAAACGAAACAGGCAGAGGCAGAGGUGGCAAAGGAAUUAGCAGAAGCAGCACGGGCAGAUGCGGAGGUGGAGAGGGCUGAAGCUGAGAAAGCAAGAGAGGAAGCUGACAAGGCAAGAGAGGAAGCUGACAAGGCAAGAGAGGAAGCUGAUAAGGCAAGAGAGGAAGCUGACAAGGCAAGAGAGGAUGCAGAAGGGAGGCUUAGGGAGGCAGAGAAAAGAGCAGAGGAGGCGGAAGAAAGUGCGAGGGAAGCAGUGGAAAGGGUUAAGCAGGCAGAGGAGAGGACACGGGAAGCAGAGAGGGCAGAGCGAGAGGCGAGAGAAGAAAGUGAGGUUGCGAAGAAGGCAAAGGAGGUAGCAGAGGCUGCACGGGAGGCAGCAGAGCGAGAUAGAGAGGCAGCUGAGAGGGCGAAAGAGGAGGCUGAAAAGGCAAGGAGGGAAGCUGAGCAGGGGAAAGAGGAAUCGGAGCAAGCACGUUCAGCAGCUGAAAUGUUGAGAAAGAAGGCAGUUGAAGCAAAGGAAGAGGCUAAGAGAGACAGAGAGGAGGGUGAGAAGGCGAGGAAGGAGGCGGAGAGGGGCAGACGAGAAGCAGAGAGAGCACAGGCGGAGGCGGAGAGGCAGAGGGAUGAGGCGGAGAGACGAAUGGCUGGUGCUGGAAUGAGCAAGGAUGAGGCGGAGAGGGAGAGGGAGGAGGCGCAUAGGGGCAGGGCGGAGGCGGAAAGGAGGAUGGAGGAGGCGGAAAGCAGGAGAGAGGAGGCGGAGAGAGUGAGGGAUGGUGCUGAGAAGGCGAGAGACGAGGCUGUGAGAGAGAAGGAAGAGGCUGUUAGGGAGAAGGAUGCGGCGGAGGAGAGGCGGGUGGAGGCAGAGAGGAGGCAAAGUGAGGCGGAAGAGAGGGAGAGGGAGGCGGAGAAGGCGAAGGAAGAUGCUGAGAAGGCUCGGGAGGAGGCUGAGAAGGCUUGGGAGGAGGCUGAGAAGGCUCGGGUGGAGGCUGAGAAGGUUCGGGAGGAGGCUGAGAAGGCUCGGGAGGAGGCUGAGAAGGCUCGGGAGGAGGCUGAGAAGGCUGCAGAAGAUGCAGAGCGGGCAAAGAGGGAGGCGCUUGAAGCUAAGGCAGAGGCGGAGGAGAGGAGGGCGGAGGCAGAGGGGGCUCGAGAUGCUGUGGAAGCAAAGGCAGGUGAACUAGAGAAGGCUGUGGAGGAGGCUGUGCGUGCAAAGGCAGAGGCGGAAGAGAGGAGGGCGGAGGCAGAAAGCGCACGAGAUGCUGCAGAGGCGAAGGCAGGUGAACUAGAGAAGGCUGUGGAAGAGGCUGUGUGUGCGAAGGCAGAGGCAGAGGAGAGGAGAGUGGGGGCUGAAAGAGCACGAGAUGCUGCAGAGGCGAAGGUGGAGGGGUUAGAGAGGGCUGUGGGAGGGGCAGAGGCCGCGAGGAAGGCAGCAGAGGAGGAGAGGGAUGAGGCAUUGCGAGGCGAGGAGUGUGCUGUGGAGGAGCGGUAUGAGCUGGUGCAGGCUCUUGAGCGGGCUGGUGAGGAGAAGGAUGAGUUGACAAGGGCUGUGGAAGAAGUAGUGAGGGGGGAGAGGGAUGAGUUGGUGCUGGCUCUUGAAAGGGUGACUGUGGAGAGGGAUGAACUGACGAGGGCUGUUGAAGCAGUGAGAAGGGAGAGGGAUGAAGCGGUGAGGGCUGUAAGGGCGGGUGAUGAGAGGGGUGAGCUGGAGAGGGCUGUUGCAGAGGCUGUUAGGGAGAGGGAUGAAGCAAUGAAGGCUGUUGAGGAGGCUGUUAGGGAGAGGGAUGAGGCAAUGCUGGUGAUUGAAGCAGUGAGGGAGGAGCGGGACAGGGCAAUUGAGGCCUUUGCGUUGGCGGUAGAAGAGAGGAACGAAGCAGUCAGGAUUCUUGACAGGGUGACGGCAGAGAGGGACGAGGCGAUGCUCGUGAUUGAUGAGGCUGUUGGGGCGCUCGGAGGGGCCAUUGGGGCGCGGGAGGCACGAGGGCUGGUUGGGGAGAGGGUGGCGGUAAGGGAAAGGGAGGCGAUUAGGGAAAGGGAGGCGAGAGGGUUGGUUGAGGAGAGGGAGGUGAGUGGGGAGAGGGAGGCGAGUGGGGAGAGGGAGGCGAGUGGGGAGAGGGAGGCGAGUGGGACAGAAAACGCAAAUGAAACUGAAGCAGUAGGAGGGGAUGGAGACAAAGUGACAGUUUGUGUGGGGUGUUCAAGUAAGUGUGACGGGUUGGUGGGUGGGAGGGGCGAGGUGGAAGGGAGAUGGCAGGAGGCUGUUGCGGUUAAGGAUGAUGAGAAGUGGUGGAGAGCGGUGGAGAGCGACAGGGAGGAAGCGGAGAGGAGGCGGGAGGAGGCGAAGAGGAGACUGGAGGAGCUGAAGGGGAUCCUUGACGAGGUGAGGGGGAAGCAGGAGGAGUCUGAGCGGAAAUUAGAGGAAGUUGAGAAACAGCUGGUGGACAUGGGGAAUGAAAAGGCUGAGGCAGAGAGGAGGAGAGAGGAGGCACAGAGAGAGAGGGUUGAGGCAGAAGGGAGGAGAGUGAGAGCAGAGGAGCAGAGGGAUGAGGCUGAGAGGAAGUUGGAGGAAGUUGAGAAGCAGCUGGUGGACGUGGGGAAUGAGAAGGCGGAGGCAGAGAGGAGGAGAGGGGAGGCGGAGGCUGGGAGAGAAGAAGCGGAAAGGGCGAAGGUUGAGGCUUUGGCACGGUUGGAAGAGGCUGAGAUGGCACGCGCAGCGGUGGAGAGUGAGAAGGUUGAGGCAGAAGAGUGGAGAGUGAGAGCCGAGGAGCAGAGGGAUGAGGCUGAGAGGAUGAGAGAUGAUGCUUUGAGGGAGAAAGAGCAGGCGGAGAGGGAAAGGGAGGAAACGGGGAAAGCAAGGGAGGAGGCAGAGAAGGCAAGGGAGGAGGCGGAGAAAGCAAGGGAGGAGGCGGGGAAAGCAUGGAAAGACGAGGGGAUGAGGAGAGCAGAGGCAGAGAAGGCAGAAGGGAGAGAGGAAGCAGAGAGGAGGAGAGAGGAGGCAGAGAGGAGGAGAGAGGAGGCAGAGAGGAGGGGAGAGGAGGCAGAUAGGAGGGGAGAUGAGGCAGAGAGGGCACUAGAAGAGGCGCUAGAGGCAGUAGUGCAGGCAGAGGUUCGAAGGGAAGAGGCGGAGAAGGAUAGAGAUGAGGCGGAGAGGAGGAGGGAAGAGGCGGAGAGGAGAGUGGAAGAGGCGGAGAGGAGAGUGGAAGAGGUUGAAAAAGAACUGAGUGAGCUGGUGGCCAAGAUUGAGGUGCUGGAGAAGGCAAGCGAAAAGACAGGGAAGUCAAAAACAGAGGGAGAGGAGGGGAAUGGGGAGCAAGAAGGAGGAGGCGCAGGUGGUGAGGCUGGAAGGGCAGAGGCAGUGACAGGUGAGGGCGCAGAAAGGAUGAGAGUGGAUGGGCGGAAGGGAGAAGGGAAGAGGGAGAGGGAACAGGUGGAAGAGGAGGUGGAAGAUUGGAGGAGUCGGAUAGAAGUGCUGGAGAGAGAGAAGGAGAAGGGUGAAGGGGAGAGGGAGAGAGCUGAGAAGGAGAAGGAAGAGGCUGAGAGGGCGAAGGAAGAGGCUGAGAGGGAGCAGCAGGACGCUUACAGGAGGGCAGAAGAGGCUGAAACACGAGCUGAGGAGGCUAGUACGGCGAGCGGGGAAGCAGCAAGGCGAGUGACAGAGGCAGAAGCAAUGAUAGAAGAGGCGGAAAAGAGGAGAGAAGUAGCAGAGGGCACGCUGUUUAUAGCAGAGGUGGUAUUGCAGGAGGCGGAGGUGUGGAGAGAAGGGGUGGAGAGGAGAUUAGCAGAAGGAGAGGGGUUUCGGGAGGAAGAUGAGCGUGCGAGAGACGAGGCGGAAAGGAGGAGAGAAGAAGCAGAGGGCGCACUGUCGCUAGUAGAGGUGGUAUUGCAGGAGACUGAGGCGCAGAGAGAAGAGGUGGAGAGGCGUUGGGGAGAAGCAGAGGGGGCAGUGUUGGUGGUCGAGGUGGUAUUGCAGGAAGCAGAGGUGUGGAGAGAGGUGAUGGAGAGGAAGUUGGCAGAAGGAGAGAGGUUGAGGAAGGAGUCUGAGUGGGCGAGAGAGGAGGCGGAGAGGAGGAGGGAAGAAGCGGAGGUGGCUGCGGAGGCAGCAGGGGCGGCGAGGGAUGAGAUGGAGAGGGCGAAAGAGGAGGCUGAGGCGAGCUGGGAAGAGGCGCUGGGGAUGCUGAGCGAGGCUGAGAGGGGGAGAGAGGAGGCGGAGAGGGGGAGAGAGGAGGCGGAGAGGGGGAGAGAGGAGGCUGAGAGGGGGAGAGAGGAGGCGGAGAGAGGGAGGGAGGAGAGCGAGAAGAUGAUGGAAGCUGAGAGGUUGAGAGAGGUAGCAGAGAGACGAGGAGAGGGGGCAGGGAGGGAAGGAGGGGAGGCAGAAGGUAAAGAACGAGGGGAGGCCGUGGUGUUCGGCCCUGAAGAGGGCGUGGUGAUAGUUGCAGAAUCCGAGGAGCAACUUGUUGAGGCGAGGGGAGAGAUGGAGGGAGAGACUGAGGGAGAGACUGAGGGAGAGGAAGUGGAAAGUGAUGGUAUGGAGGGGGAGGAUAGGGGAUGCAGUGGAGGAAAGGAGGAUGGGGAGAGCAGUGCGGGGGAGGAGGAUAAGGUAUGCAGCCGGGAGGAGAAGGGUCGGGAGAGCAGUGGGGAGGAAGAGCAGGUGAAGGGAGUGAUCUCGCAUUGCAACUGCUCUCAGAAAGAGGUGCUGCCAGAGGGUGCGGCAGCAGAGGUGCCACUCAGAGGGUGGCCGAAUCCUAACGGCAGUGGCGGGGAGACGAGUGUGGUUAGUAUGAGCUUGUUGGAAAAGGGGGAGUUGGAGAGGGAGAGGGACGAGCUGAGAGUGCGGUGGGAAGCGGCGGAGGAGAGGCGGAGGGAGCUGGAAGCGAUUGUGAGUAAAACGGGCGUGCAGCUAGAGAGGGUGGCUGGGGUGGAGGAGGCAGAGAGGGAGAGAGAGGUGGCGGUGAAAGAGAGGGACGAGGCUGUGCAUGUGAUGCAUGAGGUAGUAAGAGAAAAGGACGAGGCUUUGGAAGCCAGGGACGAGGCGCUUAGGGCGAGGGAUGAAGCUGAGAAGGCGAAGCGAGAGGCAGAAGCGAGGGCUGAGGAGGUGGAGAAGGAGAGGGAUGAAGCGUGUGAAGCAAGAGAUGAGGCGGUGAGAGCGUGGGAGGUUGUGGAGGAGUCAAGGAGAGAGGCGGAGGCGGCGAGAGAUGAAGCGUUGGGAUCAAGAGAGGGGAUUCAAAAGUCAUGGGAUGAGGCUGAGGAGUGUAGGAGAGCGACGGAGGCAAGGCUUGAAGAGCUUAAGCAGGCUUUGGAGGUGGCUGAAAUGGCAAGGCAGGAGGCUGAGAUGGCAAAGGAAGUGGCAGAGGCGGCGAGAGAAGAGGCUGAGGCAGCUUGGAAGGAGGCAGUGGAGAAGGCAGCAGAGGUGGAGGAGAGGAGUGAGAAGAGGUGUGAGGAGGAGAGGACGGUGAGGGAAGAAGCUGAGAGGGCGAGGGAAGAAGCAGAGAAGGCAAGGGAGGAAGCUGAAAGGAUGAGAGAGGAGGCUGAGAAGGGAAGGGAGGAGGCGGUAGCAAGACAAUCCAUGCCGUGCAGUGCGUGUGCGGAAAAAGACGAGGCGAUGCAGUCCAUUCUCAAUGAACUCGUCGCCGCCCAGGCUGCGUCCGAAGCUGCCAUAGCCUCGGCGGCUGCCAACGCUGCGGAGGAGGUUCGGGCGGAGCUUCGGAUGGCGCAAGAAGGGUGGGAGAAGCGGCUGAGUGAAGUGGAAGGAGAGUUGGAGCAUGUGAAAGGAGAGGGGGAGAAGCUUGAGAAGAGAGUGAAGGAAGCAGAGGAGGAGGGUGUGCGAUUGCGAGGAGCGGUGGAGGGAGAGAGAAAGGGGAGGGAGGAAGAGCGAGCUGCCAAGGAGGAAGAGAAGAGAGCAAAGGAAGAGGAGAGGAGGGAGAAGGAGGAGGAGAGGGAGAGACGGGAGCAGGCGGAGGCAGGGAGGAGGGCAGCGGAGGAAGGGAGGAGGGCAGCGGAGGAGGAGGCACAGCUGACUCGGGAGGACUUGGAGGUGAUGCGGGAGGCAAAGAGGGAGACGGUGCGCAACCUCACAGACUCGCUGCUGGCUGCAGAGGAGCAGAGGAAGCGGCUGCUGUACCUGCUCCGCAAGGCACAGGUCAUUGAAGGUCUCUAG